GAACAUUUUGUAUGAAGCCUGGGAGAGAGCAGCUGGCCUGGACAUGGGUUGAUGCCCCAGUUGACAGAUUGUUGGAUUAGAAAGAAUAUCAAAGGCAGCAGGCAAGAUUAGGGAUAAGUGAACUUCUAACAGCAGUUUCCAGGAGAAGAGAACAGAUGAUAAACAAUGGGAAUGGGGUACUUAAGGGUUAGAUGAGAGGUGAGAAGGCCAUGGGAAAAGUGUGGCAGUAAUCACUAAAGCUCCAGGUUGCUGCACCUCAUGAAUAGAAUAGGAAAUGGGAUUUGCAGGGACAGAUGUGAUGAGCGAUGAUGAAUACAUUAAAGGCAAAACUUUUCAAGAAUGGUAUUUCAAAACUUUGGGAUUUCAUGAGGACACAUGACAGUGUGUCCAUUCUUAUCUUCAAUAUUUCUCGGCAAUGCUUUGUUGUGGUGAAGCAGUUCCGUCCAGCUGUCUACAUGUGCGAAAUGGAAGAACAACGUCCUCAGUGCUUUGAGAAUAAAACUGCAGAGAGCUGGUGCCCUCUGUCUGAUUUUUUGCCUGCUUCAAAAGGAAUAACAUAUGAACUCUGUGCUGGUAUUAUAGACCAGCCAGAGCUCUCUUUGGAAGAAAUUGCUUGCAAGGAAAUUUUAGAAGAAUGUGGCUAUGAAGUUCCUCUAACCAGUCUAAAAAGAAUCACUUCAUACAGAUCUGGAGUUGGUGUGACAGGAUCAAAGCAGACAUUAUUUUAUGCGCAGGUAACUGAUGACAUGAAAUCUAGUGAAGGAGGUGGCCAGCCGGAGGAAGGCGAACUGAUUGAAGUUGUGGAAAUACCUCUGCAAGAUUCCAUGAAAUUUGCAUUUGAUGAAACUUUCCCUAAAACUAUGGGAGUUAUCUUCAGUUUCAUGUGGUUCCAGUCCAACAUAGCACCAAAACUGCUAGAAAAAUAAUGCACUGGAGAAAUGAAGCAGAAACAUGGGACCAUAUUGGAAGCAAUCUUUCAGGACUGUCUAGUUCUUAAGUUUGCUGUAGUAAAGGUUCAUAAAAUUCAUAUGCUAACAGUGGAAGAUCAUUAACUCAAGUUUAAAUGUGUUUUUCAUCCCAUAUUUUAUCUUCCAUAGAAAGAAUCUGAGGAAAAGACAUUUGCAAUACAUGAAAGUUGCCCAGUCGGAAACAUAAUUUUCUGACAAGAACUACAAUAGGCAAACACAAAUGGAUAAUUUAUUGUGAGAUAAUAGAAUUUUGGCAAACAAAAUGUAAAAUCAAGAGAAGAAUUGGCAAAGGAUUACAUUUGUUAGUGGUUACUUUAUUUUCAAUUAUUAAAAAGAUUUAAAGUAGACAAAAGAAUGUGUGGUCCUGAACAUUGUAAGACUGAGUUUGAAAUAGAAUUGUGUACAAUGAUGAACAUGAAAUUACUAAAAUGUAUAAUAGAAUUUCUGUAGCUCCGGGUUGACCUGUGGAGUUCUUGGUGCUCUCUGAUUUUGGUGGUUUGCUUGCAGAUGUUUUAUUACCCAAGUAGGUAACAUCAAUAAUGUUUGUGAGUAUGGGGUUUGCUCUAUUUAUAUAUAGUAGCUUAUUCUGCCCAUGCACAUAUAAGAUAAUAUAAACUUCUACUGAAAUUUGAAAAAAGAAAAACGUGGAAAAAAUAUGAGUGAACUAAAAUUUGUGGAAAGUGUUGGCAUUAUUCACAAUGGAAGAAUAUUGGUAAAGUUGCUGGAAUUUGCUGAGAUUGCUAAAUUGACUUUUUCAUCAGAGAAAAGAUAAUGUCUAUGUUUAUUGCUGACUGGAAACUCUUUAUGGACUUUUUGCAUGAAACAGAGCUGCAGCACACCAAGAAGCCCCUGAACUGCAGCAUAUAUUUUUUUCCUGACCUUCCUGUACUUGUGCUGAACUAUAGCAUCCCCCUAACUCACAUGUGGUCUACACUAGGCCUCCCAGGGUCUGCCCACCCUUCUGUGGCAUGCCAACUUCCAUAGCCUAAUUAACAACACACACACCUGGAGUUACAACAGUUAACAGGAGUGCUGGGAUUACAGUCACCAAGCAAUACAGUCACAUGACAUUUGGCUUGAUGAUCAUGUUGCUUAGCAAUAUAAAUUUUCAUUCCAAUAUAGUUAUAAUAUACUCCCUUCAUCAGACUAUAUUGAGGAUGAGGUAAGGUUACAACAGAAGGUUCCCCUCUGUAGGGGAACAGGGGAAUCUCAGGAGAUGGGGAAAGAUGAAAUUUCCCAUCAGAUGGCAAAAACUCUGCAGAAGUAGUUUGUCAAAUGUCCCAGGUUAUGUUCCUAAGCCCCACAAAUGGCACACAACACCAUGAGGUGAUCCUUAUAUCAAAGAAAAAGAGAUAUGGGCUUGGUACCUGUACCUGAGAUUUGCUCAAGCUUUUUUCUGGAAUAAAAUCAGUUAUUGUAAUUAUUGUAAUUGUCUAGGGUUCUUAGAGCCUAUUUUAGGAGGAGGAGUCCAGGCUGCUGGGGUGAUUGCUUUCAGAGCAAUGAGCUUAUUCUAAUGGCUUAUUCAUUGAGGAUACUAGUUGAAAAAAUAAUAGAUACCCUUGUCAGUGAUGUAUGAUCCCCUACCUGCUCUAUUCUAAAUUAUACUGCUGACCCUAUAGGCUAGUCUAAACUCCACUGGAUUUUCUUCCUCUGUUAUUUCACGGAAGGCUCCUCUUAAUAAUCUCAUUCAUUAACCAGGAUUGACAUUGCUUAUCAUUUUUGAUAUUAAAGUUGACUACAGGCUGCUUGGGUAACUGUUACAAGAGAGGAAAGUGAUUGAAGUGGUUUCUCAAGGUACUAUAAAUCUGUGAGGGAGAUGGGCAGUCUCGCAAUGUAGAAAUAAAUUAAAAUAAAACAAUA